AUGCUAGUGAACGACAGCAGUCCGUCCACUGUAACAUUACCGUCAGCUAGCUGUCUUUCUAGCUAGACACAAACAUGGCGAAUGUGGUACUGGAGUUUAAGGCUUCAGCCGGUGACUCCGAGCCACAGAGUCGCCCUGUCCUGUUCAUCGGACAGCUGCCCAACCUGCAGAAAGUCGGCUGGAGCCAAAUUAAAGGAAAACUGCAGCCGGUCGUUAGCAAAGAGAUCUGGCAGGCAGCUCUCGGCGCUUUGAACCCGAACCCCACGGACAGCUGCCCUCUGUACCUCAACCAUGCUGUGGUGGCUGCCCUUCCUUCACGGGUCAGCAGGCACAACAGCCAGUCCUCUGCUCACUUUGUGUCCCGUCUGGUCCGUUCCUGCCUGCCUGGGGGGAACAACCGCUGCAUUGUGAUGGUGUGUGAGCGUCCAGAUAUGUUUGCGUCCGCCUGUGCCGUCGCCAGGGCCUUCCCCCAAUUCUCUCGCCGCUCCUCGUCUUCACGCAGGGCAGAGAAGAAACAUGUCGCUGUAGAGUUUUUGAUUGUUGGGCAAGAGAGCAGUCCUUUGGAUGUAGCAGAACUUGAGUGUCUCACCAACGCUGCUCACGGAGUGCGGAUGGCAGCUCGGAUUGUGGACACACCGUGCAAUGAGAUGAAUACAGAUCACUUCUUGGAUGAGAUCAAGGCUGUGGGAACUGACCUUGGAAUAACUCCAGUGAUCGUUCGUGGAGAGGAGCUGAAACAAAGAGGAUUUGGAGGCAUUUAUGGAGUUGGCAAGGCAGCAGAGCAUCCUCCUGCAUUAGCAGUCCUAAGCCACACACCAGAAGGUGCAACCCAAACCAUCGCAUGGGUGGGCAAGGGCAUCGUGUACGACACUGGAGGACUCAGCAUCAAGGGAAAGACCACAAUGCCAGGGAUGAAGAGAGACUGUGGUGGAGCUGCUGCCAUUUUGGGAGCUUUCAGAGCUACUGUCAAACAGGGCUUUAAGGAUAACCUCCAUGCAGUGUUCUGCCUGGCAGAGAAUGCAGUUGGACCUACGGCCACACGUCCUGAUGAUAUCCACACUCUCUACUCUGGAAAGACAGUGGAGAUCAAUAACACUGAUGCCGAGGGCAGGCUGGUGCUGGCAGAUGGAGUAGUGUAUGCCAGCAAAGACCUGUCAGCUGACAUUAUUCUGGACAUGGCCACACUGACGGGGGCACAGGGGAUCUCCACAGGGAAGUACCAUGCAGCUGUGAUGACUAACAGUGAGCAGUGGGAGGUUGCGUGUGUGCGCGCCGGCCGCAGCAGUGGAGAUCUCGCUCAUCCUCUGGUGUAUUGCCCCGAGCUGCACUUCAGCGAGUUCACCUCUGCCAUGGCGGACAUGAAGAACUCUGUGGCAGACCGAGAGAACGCCCAGAGCUCCUGCGCCGGCCUCUUCAUUGGUUCCCACUUGGGCUUUGAUUGGCCUGGUGUCUGGGUCCAUGUUGAUAUCGCCUCUCCUGUCCAUGCUGGGGAGCGUGCCACAGGAUUUGGUGUUGCUUUGCUAAUGGCCCUGUUUGGCCAGGCAUCCGAUGACUCCAUGCUGAACCAAGUGUCUCCUCUGGGUGCAGCCACCAACAUGUCUGAAGACCAGAUGGAGCGCGACUGCAAGAGACGAAGACUGGUGUAGGACACAUGCCACGGUUUACUCCCCAAACCCUGACCGCUCCGCUGCCUCCACACACCGAAACCGUUGAAACAAGUGCUCAUCCGGUUAGAAUUAAAACAUUUUAAACUGUGAUCCUGUGUUUGAUUAAAUUUCACUGAAUAAAACAGUUAAUCAAAAGUAAAUCAGGUGUGUUAUACAUGAUGAAACACAGGCCUUCAUUUGUCCUCAUGACUUGGAACUUGCUGCACUGAUCAACUCCGUAGCUUCUCCAUCUUUCAGUUGCUCUUGAGGAAGAUGCAUUGAUUAUCAUGAAAUCUGAAAAAAGCAGGUGGUCUAUCUUCAUGUCAGAUUAAUUAACCAAUCUUAAUUUUGUCCAGCAGUUAUUCUUUAUAAAUGUUUAUAUUUUACGUUGUCAGUACACCUAAUGUCAGUUCAAAGUUUUACCUCAUAAAACCUUGUUUUUUAAAUAUCCACCUCAUCUGCAAGCAUUGUUGUACGUUGAUACUUUGAUGCAAAUCAAGGAUUAUACAUUAUUAUACAUGUCGUCUUUGUGAAAAAUACUGCAUCAGGAUCAGCAAAGCUAAAGUUUUCUGUUUUGGUAACCACUGCACUUUGUACUCACCCUGUGUAUAGUUGGAUUGUGUGAUCUCUGGACCAAACUGAGGAGUGAGUGCGUACUGCGGUUUUUAACAGUUUCACAACGGUGUCAGAUGAGUAACCGACAGGCAGUGCCACAAUAUGCUUUGUCAGCACAAAACACACAAGAUGUUAAGUGUAACUUCAAGUAUUAGACAAAAUCCAGCAAAAGUAUGAUGUUUUUCCACUCUUGUGACAAUCAUGUUGUCCUUCAAUAAAGGCGGUGCCAUCUCA